AUGAUUUUCAAGUCAAAUCUUUUGCUUAUCAAAUUUUCUUUGCUUGCGUUUCUGAUGAUUUUCUCAGAGGUUGCUGCUAGGGAUAUGCCUGCUCUGCCUUCACACCCAUUACUCAAAUCAAAUGAAGCUCAGAGCACAACAGAAAUGUUGAAUGACCCAAUUAAGCCCCAAUGGUGGAAUUUCGCCGGAACGAUAGCUACUUUUUGCAUAGAGUGCCGAUGUUGUAUUCCUGAAUAA